AUGUCGCCUUCAACUCUCACCAUUAUCUCUCUAGUCGUUGCUGCCCUCUGCUCCUUCAUAUGGAUCGCCUCACCGUCGAUAACUAGAAAAAAUGGCCGUCGACUUCCACCAGGCCCCCGAGGCUUGCCCGUCAUCGGAAACCUCCAUAUGCUGGGCAACCUCCCCCACCGCAGCCUCCAUGAGAUGGCCAAAAAGUAUGGCCCUAUAAUGUCCCUCCGGCUAGGCCACGUGCCCACUAUUGUCGUCUCAUCACCGGCCGCCGCCGAGAUCUUCCUCCAGACCCACGACACCGUUUUCGCUAGCCGGCCGAAAGUCCAGGCGGCGGAGGUCUUGUCUUAUGGCACUAAAGGCAUGGUUUUCACUCAGUAUGGUCCGUACUGGAGAAACGUGAGGAAGUUUUGUACAGUGGAGCUUCUCAGCGCCACAAAGAUUGAGUCACUUUCUGGGAUGAGAAGGGAGGAGCUUGGGUUGUUGGUGGAGUCGCUGAAGGCUGCGGCGGCGGCGCGUCAGGUAGUGGAUGUGAGUGAGAAAGUGGCGGGGCUGAUUGAGGCCAUGACCUAUAGGAUGCUCUUUGGACGUAGCAAGGAUGAUAGAUUUGACCUGAAGGCUACCAUUCAAGAGGCUUUAGAACUGGCUGGAGCGUUCAAUCUGUCAGAUUAUGUGCCCAUCUUGAAGCCACUUGAUCUUCAGUUAGUGAUAUUUUUUCUUCAUUCAUCCUUCAUUGCCUUCAGGGAUUUAGUCGACGUUUCAAGGCAAUCAGCGAAGUUCUUGACCAAAUCAUGGAGGUAA